AACCUCAACAUGAAACUUGUGUCACUAAACACAAACGGUUUGAAAAACCCCGAGAAAAUUACGCAUCUGUGCUCCCUAUUCAUUCUUUUAAAUUUUGAUAUUGUGCUGUUGCAGGAAACCUUCUGGGAUACAGAGACAGUGAAAGUGUGUAAAACCGAGUGGAAGGGCGAUAUUGUUUAUAGCAAUUCUUCCGACGGUAGAAAAGGUGUAGCUAUUCUGAUAAGUCCGAAAUUUAGCAAAUUAAUUAACAGCGAAAGCACUGACGGGGAAGGUAGAAUUGCUAAAAUCAAUAUCACUCUUCAAGACAAAAUUAUAGAUAUUUUUUCAAUAUAUGCCCCCAACAAUUAUAAAGACAGAAUUUUAUUUUUCAAAUUUCUUUCAGAUGAUUUUGUAGAUAUUUCCAACCAAUGUAUUGUUGGUGGCGAUUUUAAUGAAGUUUUAGAUAAAAAUUUAGAUAGAGGUAAAAAUAUGCACACGGUCACAGUAAGCUCUAACUAUUUUAAUAAAUUUAUUGCCGAUAACAACUUGAUUGAUUCCUACAGGUACAUUAAUCCGAAUAAGAGACAGUUCACUAGAACACAAAUUCGCGAUGGCUCUCCUAAGCUCAGCAGAUUAGAUUACAUUUUAAUUAGCACUUCUUUAAGCAACAACUGCAAAUACUCUUAUAUCCAGCCAACUUCAUCCUUUGUAUCUGAUCAUAACUUCAUGAUAUGCAUUUUGUCUUUCAAUUCAUACGAGAGAGGUCCUGGACUCUGGAUAUUCAAUAAUCAGCUAUUAAAGAAUAUUGACUAUGUACAU